GCCGACAGCCCAGAACAUGGGCAAGAACCCAAAUCCAGAGCCCAUCAAGUUCCCAACCCAAAAAGCAGCUUCAGAUCAGACUACGAAGUAGCAAACACAGCACAGCAAACAAAUCGCAAAUCGUUAUUUGUUCUCCGGCGAGUGAUCGGAAUGGAGAAUUCAUCGGACCUAACCGCGCUUCCCGAAGAUGAUCUUCAGAAUGAUGAAACUGCCCUUCAUACGGGCGAAUUAACAUCCGCCUUUUCCUCUAAGCCCGAUCGUCCUCCCAUUCACGCUUUUAAUGAACUGUGUCAUUUAGGUGCUGAAAUGUACUGUUUGAAGCUGCGGAGAGCGUCUUUAGCUGUGAUGACUUCAUCACAAAAAUAUGCACCUUUAGAUUGGUCAAUGCUCUCAUUUGCACUGUCAGCAAGAAUAAUAAAAGAAAAGGCUCGGGUGGUAGCAAUGGACUUGAGAGGGCACGGGAAGUCAUCCACUGAUAAUGAUCUCGACCUAUCUAUUGUGACUCUUUGCAAUGAUGUAGUGGCUCUGGUUAAGACAAUGUAUGGUGAUUCCCCUCCAGCUAUUGUGAUUGUUGGCCACAGCAUGGGAGGCUCAGUUGCUGUUCAUAUUGCUGCAAAGAAGUUGCUUCCUAGCUUAGCUGGGCUGGUAGUCGUGGAUGUUGUUGAGGGAACAGCAAUGUCUUCAUUGAUCCAUAUGCAGAAGAUAUUAUCAAAUCGGGUGCAGCAUUUCUCAACUGUUGAGAAAGCGAUUGAAUGGAGCGUGAAAGGAGGCUCUUUGAGAAACAUUGAAUCUGCACGUGUCUCUAUUCCCAGCACACUAGUAUAUGACGAGUCAAGAAAGUGGUAUGAGGGCCUUUCGGACAAAUACUUGUCAAGUCCGGUACCAAAGCUCUUGCUGUUGGCAGGCACAGAUAGACUGGACAGGGCUCUCACAAUAGGUCAAAUGCAAGGAAAGUUCCAGAUGGUAGUUGUUAGACAUACGGGCCAUGCCAUACAGGAGGAUGUGCCCGAUGAAUUCGCAGAUCUUAUUCUCAACUUUAUAUCACGAAAUCGAAUAGGUCCUCAUGGAGUCGAGAUACCAGGAAUUCACACUUGGUCCCGUCGAAAUCUUGUGCACUGAAUAAAGGAGAAUUGCCAGUUAAAGCAGAUUUAUUGUACGAAAUCUGUAUCGACUUUUUCACUCGCAAUAUGAAUAGCAUGUGAGUGUAAUUCACACUACUGCAGACAAACUUCUAGUUAGAUGUUCUCAGAUGUAGUAACUUUCAGUUACUGUAAUAACUUGAAGAAAUACCAAAAUAUGAUCCAAGAGCUUCGUGCUUCUUUUUAUUUUGUUUUUGUUUUUUUUUUUU